AUGCAAUAAAGCAAAUUCAGAACAGUUUCACCAAUGCAAUGCUAAUAUAUUUCAACUCCUUCCAAUUGUUCUGUUGGUGGGGCAUUAAAAAGAAGUAAGAACUUAAAAACUCAAUCACCUUAUUCUUCAUAAAACAAGGAAAGUAUUAACAAUCAACCUUAAGGAGAGAAUGAUAAAAACAAAAAUAGAUGUAAGGAGAUAGGAAUUGAAGUAGCAAAGUUUUUAUAAUAAAUCAAUAAAAAUGAAAGCAAUUUUCCUUCUAUGUAUUCUUCUAUAGUAGGGAUUGAUAAUAAAAAUCAUGAAGAUAGUUAAGCAGAUUAAUAAUAUAAGUUAUUAUAAUAAAAUCAAUCUAUGCAUAAAUAAAGUGAAAUAUAACAAUAAGAGAUUGAACAAUGGAAAUAAAAAUAUGAAUAAGCUGCUAUGUAAUUAAAUGAAAUGAGAAACAAGUAUGAUGAGGAUAUUAAAAUAUUAAGCUAAGAAAUUCAAGCAGUUAAUGAACGAAUUACGUCAUGUGAGUAACAAAGAAACUAUAGUUUUUUUGAAUAGAAACCAACAGGUGAUAAUUUAACUAAUAUGAGUAUGUAGACCUUCUAAAGAUCAUUAAAUGAGAAUGAUAACUAGAUUGAAUAAAAUAAACUGUUAGAUGAAAUCUCAGAAAAGAAUUCAAUUAUUAAAAGUUUAACUUUUACUAUAGAGAAAUAAAAAAUGGAGAUAUCUGAAGCAUAAUUGAGAUAUAAUGGAGAAAUAGAAUAACUAAAAAAUAAGAUAAGUUAGAUAUAGGUUGAACAUUAGAAUUAAAUUUAUUAAUAGAAAAUGAAAAUGGAGUUUUAUCAAGAUUCAUAAGUUUAGAAUAUGAAAAUUGCUUAUAAUAAUUAGAUUGAAAUACUAAAAGAAGAAAUUAAUCAAUUAAAAUGUUUGAUUGACAUAAAGAAUUAGGAAAUACAAACUAUAAAUAACUAAAAUUAAAGAUUAAAAUAUUAAAUUGAUUUAGAAAACAAUUAAAUAAAAUAAGAAAAUGAAAGUUUGAAGUUAAAAUUAAUAAAAAAAGAAUAAUAAUAUUUAGAAGAUGUUAAUUAAAUUAAAAAUAAUUAUUUUUAAAUGUAAAAAAAUGAGAUUGAUUCAAUUAAACAAAGUUCUUAAAAACAAAUUUCUGUUUUAGAAAGUGAAAUUAAAAAUUUAAAAGAAUUUUUAUCAGCCAAUAAUUCAGAAUAAUAAUAAUUAAUGAUUGAUAGAUUAAGAUAGAGAGAAUAUUAUGAAAUAGAAAAUUAAAAAUUGAAUAAUAUAAUUGAAGAUUAAAAUAAUAGAUUGUUAUCUUAAAGAUUAUAGUCUGAAACUCUUAAUGAUGAAUCAAUCAAAAAAAUCUAAGAGAUAUAAUUAUAAUGUCAGUUAUUACUUGAAGAGACUAACUAGAAAAUGGAAUAAAUAAAUAGAGAGAAUAUAUUUUUAAAAAAUUAAAUUAUACAAAAAGAUAAUGAGAUUAAUAAUUUUGAAAAUAUUUACAAGAAAUUAAAUAAUUAUGAAGAAAAUCUAUUAAAAUUAGAAGAAGAGAAUUCAAAUAUUUUACAUCAUUAUGAAUAGUAGGAUAGACAAAAACAAAAAGAAAAAGAAUAAUAUAUAUAUUAAUUAUAAAGAAACUUUGAAAAUCAAUUAAAGUAAUAUGAUUUUUAAUUAUAAAAUCUAAUUAAUGAAAAAUUACAAUAUAUGUAAAUGUUAGAGAUAAAAAAUUAAGAAUGCUCAGAUUUAAGUUUAGAAGUUAAAAAUUUAUAAUUGAAAUAAUAGAAUAUAAGAAUUGAUAAUGAAUUAUUAUACAGUAAAUUAAUAUCUUUAAGUAAUACUUAAGAAUCUAAUAGAAUAAUAAAUGAUCCACUCAAUAAUACAGUAUAAUUUAAGAGAAUGUCAGAAUAAAUAUCCCUUUUGUAAAAUGAAUUAAUGAUAAAAAAUAAAGAACUUACUUAGAUCAUAGAUAAAUAUUAAUAAUUAGAAUAAAUAGUUUGUAAAAAUCAGAUAAAGUAGGUUGAUUAAAGUUUGAAUGACUUAAUGAAGAAAUAAAUAAGAAAAAGCAGUCAAGUAUUAAACUAAUGA